AUGAAACUUAUUAUACAUGAAUAUCAGAAACAGUUAGAUUUUCCACCUGCACAAAAGGACGUCAAACCUGUCACGGUCAACCAAAUAUACUUCAGACACCAAAAGCUUGCAACAAGAGAAGUUAGAGAAGGUGUCACUUAUUCUUCUGGCAUUGGCUUGGAAGACAACCUUUCAGAUGACAUUGAAGAAAUUCCAAGUCCAUCACUGCAACCUGCAUAUCUAAGUAUUGAAUGGUCCACUACAGUGAAUAACAUUUUCUUUGACAUUGAAGCAACAGGCUUAGCAAGAAACUCUCACAUAACACAGAUUUCUGCAACAUCUUACAAAGGUUCUAUCAACACAUAUGUACUUCCAAAGAAACCAAUAACACCUAAGGCACAGGAAAUAACAGGGAUCAAAGUUGAAGGGAACACGCUACAACUAUUCAAAUCUUUGUUACCUGGAUUAACCUCAUAUUCACAAUCAAAUUUGUACAAUACAGUAUUAAAUGAAACAUAUGACGGUCAUGAUUCAAUGGAGGACGUUGUUGCUUUGAGUCGUCUUUUUCAUCACUUGUCUCCAUCAACAGAAGCAAAACAAUUGUCAUCUUUUUCCUUUGAUUCAGCUGCAAGGAGAUAUGACCACAAACAGAAAACUAAACUACUUCUUCCUACUUUGACACCUCUUACAGAGAAGAAAGUUAUCACACUAAGAACUUCAAAUGUAAUAGCAGCAAGUGGCAUGUCUUUUUCUCACCUACGCAUUUCAUAUGCAAGAGAUGGCCGCCAAGGAAUAAAAGAUGUUCUGAAAGAGGAGGAUGUAAAUGGAAAAGUGCGUGUCACCAAAUCAAAGAAGAUAGUGGACGCCAUAUCAGACUUUUUCAAAAGUUUAAAACCAGAUUAG